CUCUGCUUGCUUAUACUGUUACUUGACCCUGGUCGUUGGCCCUGCCGUUUGCUGCAGGGCCUGUGCUGACCUCUCACACCUCACACCUCGUGCAUCACGCAACUUGCCACGUGCACCUUACCUAACACAGCGUUUGCACAUCUACAAUGCAUAUUCACCAUGACAAGCUUUCAACCACAUUGACCUCUGGCCUCACCCAAUGGUAUGGCUACGCUAAGCCCUCAGAAGUGCGGUGGCUGGGAAACCCUUCGGCUUGCUCACGCUCACGAGGUCUGCGCCGCAACUACUGCAGCGCGCUGAACGACGCUUCCGCCAACAAAGCGAAUGCGCCUGACACACUAGUAAGACAGGCCGCAAAGCCUUCUUCGCCGUCACUCUGGGAAAAGUGCAUGCGCGCGCAACGCGCCAUUUGCACAGCAGGCCCUUGGCGAACUUUCGCUGUACCAGAAACAAGAGCUAGGAAUAGCGCGGUGAACUGCUCCACAUUCACCGUUGACUCUGUCCCCUCCAUUUGGGUGAUAGCUGCCUUGGCCCUACCAUCGAAAAGAGAUUUCAGUGGUCGAACUUCAAUCACUCUACGAUCUCCACUGUUAUUCAUUGGCAAAUACUGCCUCCUCGCUGCUUGACAGCAUGCCGAGCAUGAAAAGUCAUCACCACCGUACAGGGCAAGAGUCUCCUGCUGGGCUUGCCCAUAUUCGGAUCAAGCCCUCUUUGCCAGACUAUCCAAGAUCUUACACUGCAAACUACACGCAACCUGCCGCUAUCACACCGGAAGAGGAUCUUAUCAAGAACCUGAAGUAUGGAUGGAAAAGACCAGCCGAUGACAAACCACCACCACA